AUGUUGGCUGCUUCCUAUUGGUCCUUGCUGGCACCGGCAAUCGACAUGGCGGAGGACUCUGGGAAGUACGGCUCAUUCGCCUUUUUGCCUGUGGCAGUGGGAUUCACACUUGGAGCGGCCUUUGUUUACUUUGCUGACCUGGCCAUGCCCCUGCUGGGUGUAGGUGCUGACCCACACAUUGCCCUGGCUCUGCCACCCGAAUCCAAGGUGGCCAAAGAGAAAGCGGAGGAGCCCUCGUUCCAACUCCUGGACGAGGAGAUGAGCAUCAGGAUAGAUAAAAUAGAGAAUGGAGACGUGUACCAGAGGAGGAGAGGACCUCAUUCAGGCAGCUCAGAUGGACAGGAAACAGGAAGUAAACAACAGGAAGAGGUUGGACGGACAGGAAGCAGCUGGCGACGAAUUCUUCUCCUUAUCCUUGCCAUCACCAUCCACAAUAUCCCAGAGGGUUUGGCCGUGGGGGUUGGAUUCGGAGCUAUUGGAAAGACUUCAUCUGCUACUUUUGAAAGCGCCAGAAAUUUGGCCAUCGGUAUUGGCAUCCAGAAUUUCCCAGAAGGCUUGGCAGUGAGCCUGCCGCUCCGGGGUUCAGGGGUCUCAACAUGGACAGCCUUCUGGUAUGGCCAGCUGAGCGGGAUGGUAGAGCCUAUUGCUGGGCUGCUGGGCGCCGCCGCCGUUGUCUUGGCAGAACCUUUGUUGCCAUAUGCGUUGGCGUUUGCUGCCGGGGCCAUGGUUUACGUGGUGGUGGAUGACAUCAUACCUGAGGCUCAAAUCAGUGGAAAUGGGAAGCUGGCAUCCUGGACCUCCAUCUUGGGCUUCGUAGUGAUGAUGUCAUUAGACGUGGGGCUGGGCUGACGUCGCCAUGUCAACGGAACCAUCGGCCAUGAUGUCAUCGCAGUGCUGCUGACCUCAGUUUUUUAAAAAGGGGACCAAAUGAAGUGUUUUAUUCUGAAACACUGUUUAUCCAUUUUGUUUGAAUUGUUGCUACUUGAAAUUCAGAAAUGAUAACAGAAACUAUUUUGUAAAACAUGUUGAGAGGAGGCUGGACUUGAAUAGGUAAUGUCUUUUAUUUUCACACUAGCAGUUAUUUUCUAAGAGCAGCUGUCACUUUUUUUCAAAUGGCAGAUAUUUAAUUUAGGAAUGGAUUUAGGAAUAUUUUAGGAAUAUUUUCCAGAUUCCAGAGUUUGUGAAUGUUUUGCUUGGAGGGUGUACUUUUUUUUUUAUUUCUUCUUUUUUCAGAAUCAUUUUUUUGAAAAUUGAAAAUGAAUGUUAUUUUUUAGUUUACGUCUUCCAGUUUUUGUAUUUCCUCAUGACGGUAAUACUUGAAGUCUGGUGUUGGAUUUGGUGAUUUAUGGGACCGCCUGUGAAUGAUUAGAUUUAGCUUAGCCUAGCCUGCUGUAUCAUUAUCACUGCAAAGCAGCAAGGUACAAUGUGAUUACAAUGUACUGAAACAUGAAAUUCCAAAUGUAUCUACACAAUUGUAACUUUAAUGAGGAGCCACUAAUUCAGAUAUCAUACUUUAACAUAUUUGACUUUGUCCUCUUCUAUAACAAACUCGAAACAAAAGCCCCCUUUUCAACCAAAUGUAGUGCCUUCUUCUCUUUAGGGCACGGUCUCCUGCCAUCUACAGGUCAGUCUGAAGAAUCACAUGCUGCGGUCGAUAUCUAAUUACUUAAAUGCUUAAGUUAAUGCUGAAUAUUGUGAAGUAUUUAUAUAAUUAAACAACCAAGUGAUUCUCAAUUUGCUUCACCUCAUGGUUUCUAAUGUUCAUCAUCCAU